AGGCCGUUUGCACCUUAUUUCGCCUUACACCUCACCGUCGACUUACAUACUUUUGCUGGCCGGAGCCACACGACCACAAGGAAGGAGCUAAGCUAGCACCGACAAACAACACUUGCUGCCGUCCCGAUGGCAAGCACCAACAUGGCGUCGGCCACCUCCAGAUUCAUGCUGGCGGCGGGCAUCCCCAGCGGCACCAACGGCGGCGUGAGCAGCCGCGUCAGCUUCGUCCCCUCCAACCGGCUGGGCUUGAAGCUCGUGGCCCGCGCCGAGGAGGAGCCGACUGCCGCCGCGCCGGCGGAACCAGCACCGGCCGCGGAGGAGAAACCGGAAGGCGCCGUGGCCACCAAAGAGCCCGCCAAAGCCAAGCCGCCGCCGAGGGGACCCAAGAGGGGCACCAAGGUGAAGAUUCUGAGGAGGGAGUCCUACUGGUACAACGGGACCGGAUCCGUCGUCACGGUUGAUCAGGAUCCCAACACCCGUUACCCGGUGGUGGUGCGUUUCGCCAAGGUGAACUACGCCGGCGUGUCGACCAACAACUACGCCCUGGACGAGAUCAAGGAGGUUGCUGCUUAAGCGAACGAGGCUAAGCUGCCGUGUGCUCCAUCCAAUGUUUGUAUCAGUAGCUCGUCGAGUGACGAUGUGAAUGUUAGCCUCUCACAAAUCUUAUGUGUAAUACCUCUGCGAUUAUAUGUAUUUGCCUGCUUCCUCAUGGACCUAAUAAUCUCCUCCCGUUGCUUAAAAUGAUUGUAUUCUUGCUCA